CGCUGGGGGCGAAGCUCCUCUCAGCAUCCGGCCUCAGCAUCUCACCCAGCACCGACACCGACACCGACAGCAGCUCAGCCCGGACAUGGACGACGUCCCGCCGAUCAUCACCGUGUCCAUCGCCCUACGGAUCCAGCCCAAUGACGGGCCCGUGUUCUUCAAGGUAGACGGGACCCGCUUCGGCCAGAACCGGACCAUCAAGCUGCUCACUGGCUCCAAGUACCGGAUCGAGGUGGUGCUGCGGCCCGGUACCGUGGAGGCCACCAACAUGAACAUUGGCGGUGUGGUUUUUCCUCUGGAGCAGCAGUCCAGAGACGCCAACUCGGUGGUUUAUCACGGCCUCUACGACACUGAAGGAGUUCCGCAUACGAAAAGCGGCGACCGGCAGCCAGUGCAGGUCAGCAUUGAGUUUAACAAGGCGGGAACCUUUGAGACGGUCUGGCAGGCCAAAUACUACAACUACUACAAGAGGGAGCACUGCCAGUUCGGCAACAAAUUCAGCAACAUCGAGUACGAGUGCAAACCCAACGAGACGCGAACCCUGAUGUGGAUCAACAAGGAAGCGUUCAACUGAGCAGCCACUUCCUGUAUCUCCAGCAGACAGAGACCAGCGGUUUGCUCUGCUGGCUUCAGUCAGGUUUCUGCUUUAAAGCUGCUGCUAACUCACCAAUUCCAUGUUCCAGCAGGUUUUCUCUAAAGGAUCACUACUCAGUCUUCCUCCCAGAAAUGAUCAUCGAAGACUUUGAAGUGUUGCAGCUUUAAAGCAGAGCUAAAGGAGGUUUUCUGAACUCAGCUGAAGUUUAAUGAACAUUUCAAAUCUGUGUGUCCACUACAGGGAAGUGUUUUUUUUUUUUUUUUUAAAGCUUUUAAAAUCAAAAACAACAAAAAACAGAGUUUAGAUUUAAAAUAAAGUUUGGUAAGAACUCAUGAAAACCUAAAAUAAAAAUAGAACCAAACCAACAAGGCGACAGACUGAAAGAAAACAUUUAAUCAUGUAAAAGUACAAAAUGCAAACUCAAACUGAGGAAUUUAAAGAGAAAGAGAACUCAGAGAUGUCUUCUGUCAGUAGGACUCAGACAAGGCUCAGAAUUCACAUAAAUCAACAACAAAUGACAUUAAAAUAACAAAAUCUGACCUAAAAUGUCAAAACAUCACAUUUAAAAUGACUGAACUUUGUCUAAAUUGACCUCAAAGUUGUCCAGAAUGACUCAAAAUUUGCUUAAAAUGUCAAAUGUUUGUCAAAAAAUACAAAAAUGUGUCUUAAAUGAUGUGAAAUUUGCCUAAAACGCAAGACGAAAAUCAUCCAAAAUUACUAAUAGAUUCUCUAAAACAACUCAAAAUUAGUUUAGAAUGAAAUUUGUCUUGUUUUAGUUAUUUAUUUAAAAUUGUUGUUUUAAAUGUAAAAAACAGACACAAAACAACACAAAAAGAUCACAAAAUGGUUCCAAAGAUGGAUGAAAGAACUAAAAUGACAAAAAACAGUUAGAGAAAUUAGACAAAGAUGACACAAAAUUAGCAGAAACAGACAGGAAAUAAAAGAACGGAGACAAAGCCCAGAGCAGCAUUUUUAACUUCUGUUUCAUUUUAACUCACUGAGGUUUAAUUUCAAGUCCUGCAGCUCUGAGGUACCAGAAUAUCAUGAAGAAGAGAAGAGAGAGAAAGAUGGAGAUGUCUCAGAAUUUACAUAACUAGAAAUUCGGUUAAAAUGUCCAUUGUCUAAAUGGACUCAAAAUUGUCUAAAAUAACUCAAAAUUUGCUUAAAAUGUCAAAAACCCAAAGUUGGAAUGACGUAAAUCAGAAAAAAAUAAGCGUUUCUUUGAUUAUUUAUUUAGAAAAACCUGGUAUCAACACUGGAUAGAUGUAUGUAGAUAUUUAACUAUAUUUUUGGCUUCUGUCUCCGUUGUGUUUACACUGCCUGCAGUUCACAUGAAAACUCACAGCUCAGUCACCCAUGGCUCCAAAUCUUUACUUUUUUUAUGAGUAAUGGUUUAACCAAAGGCUUAAUUUUUGCCAUUUGUUUAAAAAUGCACAUGUAGAAUAAAGUGAUUUAAAUGAAUAUGCCAAUUUGAUAUGGUUAAUUUUCCUGAUUGAAUCACACACGAUGCAUUCAGGCACAAAAAAGAUCAAAAUCUGAAAUUUUGGCUCAUCUAUUUGGGUCAUUUUUAAAAUAAAUAAGGUGCAUUUGAAAGCCACCGGUGAGUUUCGGGUUCAGACGCUUCGUUCUGAUUCAGCAGAAACCCUGAACUGGAUGCACAGACAUGGAACUUGUUCCAGUGAGUCAGAAGAAGCCUUGAAAAGGACGAGACCAGGAUGGAAGAGAGUCCUCAUCCUGUUCUGGGUCUUCACAGGAAAAAUCUCCUGCAAACACGAAAGGACAUUUUGUUCAGCAGAACAUCUGAGUUUAGUAGCAGAAACACGUUUUUUUUUAAAUUAUCAAACCUGAAAUAAAUGUCAGCUUUACGUUUGUGCUUCAGUUCAAACCGAACAAAACAGGAAACAGGGACUAUUUUCAGCAGCGGAUGAAUCUCUGCUGGGCCUCGGUGUUUCUGAUCUUCUGCUUCCGUUGCAUGGCCUCGUUCUUUUAUUGCCAAAUCUGAUCGGUCGUUCGUUCUGUCGCUCACAAAGCGUCUUGCCGCUUGAACUCUGCUGUUCUGUUUGGUGUUGAACUGACGAGUGUGAAGUGUGUUUGUGAUUAAACCUGCGUGUCCAACCCAA